AUGCUUUUCAACAACAUUUUCCUUGCGGCUGCUCUGGCCAGUGGCGCCUCUUCCUCUUCCACUUCCGCUUCCACCACGGCCUCUGGCAAGAUGAAGUGGUUCGGCAUCAACGAGUCUGGUCCCGAGUUUGGCAAAGCCAACAUUCCAGGUCUAUACAACAAGGACUACAUCUGGCCCGAUCUCAACAAGGUCGACCAGUUCAUCGGACAGGGCAUGAACAUGUUCCGUAUCAACUUUUUGAUGGAGCGCCUGACGCCCGGCUCCCUUACCGGCUCCUUUGACGCCAACUACCUUAGCAACCUGACGGCGCAAGUCAACCACGUCACCUCCAAGGGUGCCUAUGCCAUGAUCCAGCCGCACAACUACGGCCGCUUCAACGGCCAGAUCAUGACCGACACGGCGGGCUUCGAGAAAUGGUGGACCAACGUGGCUGGGCAAUUCAAAGACAACUCGCUCGUCGUAUUCGACAUCAACAAUGAGUUCCAUGACAUGGACCAAACUCUCGUGGUAAACCUCAACCAGGCAGGUAUCAACGGCAUCCGCGCGGCGGGCGCCAAAUCGCAAAUCAUCACGCCCGAAGGCAACGCAUGGACCGGCGCGUGGUCGUGGGUCUCCUCCGGCAACGCCGCGUCCAUGGCGAACCUCAAGGACCCGGAGAACAAGCUCGUGUACCAGAUGCACCAGUACCUGGACAGCGACAGCUCAGGCACCAACGCCAACUGCGUCAGCACCACCAUCUUCCAGGAGCGCCUUGUCGCCGCCACCCAGUGGCUCAAGGACAACAAGAAGCUCGGUGUCAUCGGCGAGUACGGCGCGGGAAGCAAUGCUCAGUGUGUUGCCGCGCUCCAGGGCGGCCUCGAAUACAUGAACAAGAACUCGGAUGUCUGGCAGGGCGCUAUCUGGUGGGCUGCGGGCCCCUGGUGGGGAAGCUACAUGUACAGCAUGGAGCCUACCGAUGGCCCGGCUUGGACGGGUAUCCUGCCCAAGAUCAAGAGCUACUUUGUUUAA